CGCUCGGUCUGUAGAUCCAAGAAGUGUUUAUGUUUAUGGUGAAUGAAUGUAAUUUUACGUUGUUCGGUGAUUUUACUAAGAUCAACAAAUCAACAUAAACAUAAUCAUUUAUAUUACUGAAACAUAAAAUCAUGUUUAAACAAACUGAAAUAAAACAAGAAGUUAGUGAGAUAAUCAUUUGCAAAAGAGAAAUAGGUAAUGAAGUAGAUGAUGUUCUACAGGAUAACUUUAAAACUGAAAUUAAGGAGGAACCUAUCCAUGAUAGUACAAAUGAUACAUGUGAUUAUUUAGACGUAAAGAAAUAUCCUAUAAAAGCUGAAAUAGAACAAGAUGAUGGUUUCUCUUGUAUGGAUACUGAUGCCAGUAGCCUAUUAACAAAUCAUGAUAGAAGUGACAGUAAUUUGAACAAAUAUAUAGCUUCCACUACCAAUGUGAAGACUGGAGGACAACGUUUUAUAUGUACCAUUUGCAAGAAAUCAUUGUCAAACAAAUACUGUUUAGAUAUUCAUAUGAGGAUACACACUGGGAAGAAACCGUUUGCAUGUGAAAUUUGCACCAAACCGUUUUCAACGAAAGCAUUCCUAAAACAGCAUAUGAGAGUGCAUACUGGUGAAAGACCAUUUGAAUGUGAAAUUUGCACCAGAAAAUUUACAACAAAGCAACAUUUACAAUCACAUAUGACAGUGCAUACUGGUGAAAAACCAUUUGAAUGUGAAAUUUGUACCAAACAGUUUUCAACAAAACACAAUUUACAAUCACAUAUGACAGUACAUACUAGUGAAAAACCAUUUGAAUGUGAAAUCUGCACCAAACAGUUUUCAACGAAACCACUUUUAAAAUCGCAUAUGAGAGUGCAUACUGGUGAAAAACAAUUUGAAUGUGAAAUUUGUAACAAACAGUUUACAACAAAGCAACAUUUAAAAUCACAUAUGACAGUGCAUACCGGUGAAAAACCAUUUGAAUGUGAAAUUUGUACCAAACAGUUUUCAACAAAACACAAUUUACAAUCACAUAUGACAGUACAUACUAGUGAAAAACCAUUUGAAUGUGAAAUCUGCACCAAACAGUUUUCUACGAAACCACUUUUAAAAUUGCAUAUGAGAGUGCAUACUGGUGAAAAACCAUUUGAAUGUGAAAUUUGCACCAAACAAUUUUCAAUAAAGCGUAAUUUACAAUCACAUAUGACAGUGCAUACUGAUGAAAAACCAUUUGAAUGUCAAAUUUGUUCCAAAAAGUUUUCAACUAAACGACUUCUAAAAUCACAUAUGAGAGUGCAUGCUAGUUAAAAACCAUUUGAAUGUGAAAUAUGCACUAAAUUAUUUCUUGAAAAAACAUAACAGUACAUUUUGAUGAAAAACCAUUUGAAUGUGAAAGGCUAUGGCGGGAUAAGAUGGUCAGAAUUGCACCAGCCUCGAUUCAGUUUUGGGUUUAGCCAUUCGAAAAGAUAUAAUUGAAAAAUCAUUCAGUAAAAUUUUCAAGUCUCUAUUUGCUUCUGGGAGUCAUCUAUGGGAAAAACGUGUUUAAAAAAACAUUUUUCAGGCGGUGUAUAGCUGCAAAAAUCUGAAAAAAUCAUGAGUGCUUAGCUUAACAAUACAAAGCUGCCUGAUUUUUUUCAGAUUUUUAACUUGAAAAUUGAGCCCAGGAAAAAUCUUUAAAAUUUUCAGUAAUUUUUUAGGUGUGUUCGAAAUUUUUCGCCAAAUUUAAAAUAAUGUUUUUUUGUAAAUUUUUUUGUUCUUUCGAAUGAUAUACAUAGUUAUCGUUGUCAUAUUCAACGUGGAAAAUACCUAGCAAUAAAAAAAAACUGUUUUUUUACUGUUUUUGACUCACAAACUAGGGGAAGCGGGGCACACUGUUACAUAAAUGUUUUUAUUCGAUGUCAUUUUGACAGCAUUUCAUUAAAAAUAGAAUUUUAAUAUCUUACAACUCAUUUGGGUUUAAGGCAUACUAUGAUAUAAUCAACUACGGGAAAAACUUAAAUGGCAAGUCGGUAAAAACGAUUUUGUAGAGAAAAUACAAUUGUAACAUUGUGCCCCACUAGUGGGGUUUAUACUAUGGAUUAUACUAUGGGGUACACUGUUACACAAGUACCUAAUAUUAAGGUGCCUUAGCAUUUCACUUCUGCGUGCUGUCUGGUCUGAAGGCUUGGGAGUUGGUAAUUUUAAAACAACUUGGGAGACAUUAAAUAUGUAGUUUUCAUUGCAGGAAAUAAAUGUGAACUUGGGAAAUAAACGACGUAUAUAAGUAACUUCCACAGUAGUUUCAGUUUUGUCAAUAAUAUGUCCUAUAGACAUUAUUUUUAUGCCACCUUCUUUAUUGAUACUUCUUUAUUGUCAUACUUGAUUCGGUACCAACACAAGAGAAAGAUUCUUCUGAUCUUUGAGCAGAAGAAUCUUCGAUAUCUUGGAAGUUUACGUGUAUUUGAUUGAAAAACGUUUUCUUUUCUUUUCGCUUUCUGUCAUUUUUAUCUUUAUUAGGCGACCCUUCGUCUUCUGAUGCUGAUGUCUGUUUCUGAAUCCUUUUAUGUAAGACAGAUGUCUUAGUUCUACGACAUUUUUUGGAGGUGUUUAUUUCACCGCGUUUUCUACUUCCGUUCUUCUCAUGCCUUACUUUUAGAUCAGCAAUUAGUGCGUAUUUAAUAGGUGUCUUUGUUAAUUUCUGACUUUUACGUUUUCUGUUCUUUCCUCUUCCUUCUUUUCUAGCGACGAUAAGGGCGAACUUGUUCUGAAGAGACUAGCGGUGGCAACCAUGAUGAAGUUGACGAAACUUCUGAGGAAAAUGCCGAGCAUGAAGGCGGCUGAAAUUAUGCAGUUACCACGGGCGUUACCUCAGUUAGUUGCUGUGUUUUUAUUUCAGCAGUUUCGUUAUUGACUAGCUGUGGUGCCAUAUCAGGCGUUUCAGUAACGACUUCUUUUAUUGGUAACGUAGCUGUUUCAUUUGUCAUCUGCUGUACGGGAAAUGGUCGAUCAGUUACUGAAGAUGCUAGAAAAUCAUCUUCGGAGAAGAUCUGCCGAUUCAAUGGCCAAAUUCCAGUUUACUUAACUCCACUGAUAAUGUUGUUUGGAGUAAU